AUGCACGCUUCCAUCUUGGCAUCCAUGUACACUGAAAGGGAUGUAUCCGUGUCCAGCGACUCCGCCUUGUCCGGCCCAUCAUCCUGCUGCGUGUCAUCCUUGUCGCCGUCGUCCUCCUUCUCCGCCUCUGCGCACCGGCGAGGCUACGGCGCGCCGCCGCCACCACUGCAGCGUUUUUUUGUGCCUGAGCCACGCGGCUUGGCGCAGGAGACGAGCUCUGCUGUGCCCUUCGCCAGCAUCGGCGGGUUGGCCGGGGAGCUACUGGCCCUGCUGCGCGCCACCGAGUAUGACGUUUACCACGUUCAGUGUGUCGCAACGGAGGCUAUGGCAAACCUGCAGGUUGUACGCUUGCAUCUUAUUGAGCGCACGCUGAAUGCUGCCGUCGGGGUGGCGGAGGCGUGUCCAUCGCGAGAGGACGGCUGA